CUCCCAGCAUGCAGUUUGCUGACUGUCUUUACCGUCUUUCCACAGAUGACAUCAGUCUUUCUGAUCUCUGUGUGUCUCUGUCUGUCCAGCGGACUGCUGGCUGCAUACGGUGCCCCCCCCUGCCCUCCUGAUUGGACUCAGUUUGGCUCUCGCUGUUUCAGUUACAACAUCAAGCAAAAGACCUGGAUCGAUGCAGAGACCUUCUGCCAGACCGCUGGAGGGCAUCUGGCUUCCAUCCACUCAGCUGAAGAACAUAAAUUUAUCAGAGACUACAUUAACCAAGUGUCCAUUACAAACACUCUCUCCUGGAUCGGAGGCCAUGACGCAGUGAGGGAGGGUACGUGGUUGUGGUCUGAUGGAUCCAAAUUCGACUUCAUCAACUUCAACGGGGGGGAGCCUAGCGGGGGUGCAGGGAGAAACUGUCUGCUGAUUUACUAUGGAGUAACCGGCUGGUACGACGGGGGUUGUGGCGCCUCAUUUUCUUUCAUGUGCUCCAAGGACAGCGUGUAACCCUAACACACCAUCAUGAUGCUUCUACAGCUCAUCUAUAAUCUCUAUCAUUGAUUCAUCUCU